AUGGCAAUCGAAAAUCUCCAAGAAGUGAGCGACGACGUCCGCAUCCUCGGCUACGACCCCCUCAUCCCUCCCCAACUCCUCACCAGCGAACUUCCCGCCCCCACCAACUCCCUCCCCACCGUCCUCAGAGGCCGCAAAGAAGCGAUAGAAAUCAUCAAACAGCGCGAUGACCGUCUCCUCGUCGUUUGCGGCCCUUGCUCCCUCCACGACCCGUCCGCCGCAGUAGAAUACUGCACCCGACUCGUCCAGCUCGCCGAUAAGCUAAAAGAUGAUUUAAUGAUCAUCAUGCGCGCAUACCUCGAGAAACCGCGGACGACGGUGGGGUGGAAGGGUCUGAUUAACGAUCCGGAUAUCGACGAGACGUACCAGAUCAAUAAGGGUUUGAGGGUUUCGCGGAAGUUGUUCUGUGACUUGACGAGCCAGGGGAUGCCGAUUGCGAGUGAGAUGUUGGAUACCAUUAGUCCUCAAUUCCUCGCGGAUUUGAUCUCCCUUGGUGCCAUUGGAGCCAGGACGACAGAAUCCCAACUCCAUCGCGAGUUGGCUUCUGGUCUCUCCUUCCCUAUGGGAUUCAAGAACGGUACGGAUGGGAGUCUGACUGUGGCGGUGGAUGCUAUUGGUAGUGCGGCGGCGAAACAUCAUUUCAUGGGUGUGACGAAGCAGGGUUUGGCUGCUAUUACGAGGACGGGUGGGAACCCGGAUUGUUUUGUCAUUUUGAGGGGAGGCACGUACGGGACGAACUUUGAUAAGGAGAAUGUGGCGAAGACGAGGGAGGCGUUGAGGAAGAAGGGGCAGGCGGAGGUCAUGAUGAUUGAUUGUUCUCAUGGCAACUCGCAGAAGAACCAUAAGAACCAGCCCAAGGUCGCGCAGGUCAUUGGUGACCAGCUCCGCGAAGGUCAAGAUGGCAUCGUCGGCGUCAUGAUCGAGUCGCAUCUAGACGAGGGCAACCAGAAGGUGCCUGCCGAAGGUCCAGCUGGCUUGAAGCGCGGCGUCAGCAUCACGGACGCUUGUAUUGACUGGGACACGACCGUGGAGGUACUGGAGCAGCUCGCCGAUGCUGUUCGCACCAGGCGUCAGAUUCGCGCGAAGACGUCCAACGGCACGAAUGGGUCGGCCAACGGUGCGCACUAA